UCCGCUCCCCUGGUCACUGCCCCCCCCCCCGGGUGUGAGCGCCGCGGUGGCGACGGUGCGAGGCGGGAACCACGGACGGACGGACGGACGGCGCGGUCGGCCGCCCCAGCGUGGUCGGAGACAGCUGUUCUCCGCGGCGGCCGUGGGGGGCAGCAGAGGGGACCGCGACAGGUGCGGGAGCCCCUCCCAGGGCAGAAGUGGGAAGCCGGGCUCCGGACAGACACCCUCCCCUGCCGUCCCGCUCCGGACUCCGACUCCGGCUCCUGUUGCAGUUUGCAGCCUCCGGUGCCGCCGCUGCCUCCACCACCUAUGCGCCGGGCUGCCCAGGUGGCUGUCGCUUCGAUGUCCUAACCCAGGGGCCCCCGGGCCAGACUCGCCUGGGCUCCCUUCACCCUCCGCUGGAAUCAUGAGGGCGAUUGGGACUCUGCAGGUGCUGGGCUUCCUUCUCAGCCUGGCCCGGGGUUCCGAGAUGGGCAACUCUCAGGCAGUGUGUCCUGGGACUCUGAAUGGGCUGAGCGUGACCGGUGACGCGGAGAAUCAGUACCAGACGCUGUACAAGCUCUACGAGAGGUGUGAGGUGGUAAUGGGCAACCUGGAGAUCGUUCUCACGGGACACAACGCUGACCUUUCCUUCCUUCAGUGGAUCCGAGAAGUGACAGGCUACGUCCUCGUGGCCAUGAAUGAAUUCUCUACGCUACCCUUGCCUAACCUCCGUGUGGUGCGGGGAACCCAGGUCUAUGAUGGAAAGUUCGCCAUCUUUGUCAUGUUGAAUUACAACACCAACUCCAGCCAUGCUCUCCGCCAGCUCCGCUUCAACCAGCUCACCGAGAUCCUGUCAGGGGGUGUCUAUAUUGAGAAGAAUGACAAACUUUGCCAUAUGGAUACAAUCGACUGGAGGGACAUCGUGAGGGUUCAGGGUGCCGACAUUGUGGUGAAGAGCAAUGGCAGAAACUGUCCUCCCUGUCAUGAGGUCUGCAAGGGGCGAUGCUGGGGGCCUGGACCGGAAGACUGCCAGAUAUUGACCAAGACCAUCUGUGCCCCUCAGUGUAACGGACAUUGCUUUGGGCCCAACCCUAACCAGUGCUGCCAUGAUGAGUGUGCGGGAGGCUGCUCUGGGCCCCAGGAUACAGACUGCUUUGCCUGCCGACACUUCAAUGACAGUGGAGCCUGUGUGCCCCGGUGUCCGCAGCCUCUCGUGUACAACAAGCUGACAUUCCAACUUGAGCCCAACCCCCAUACCAAGUAUCAGUAUGGAGGGGUCUGCGUGGCCAGCUGUCCCCAUAACUUUGUGGUGGAUCAGACAUCUUGUGUCAGGGCUUGCCCUCCUGACAAGAUGGAAGUAGAUAAAAAUGGACUCAAGAUAUGUGAGCCUUGUGGAGGGCUGUGUCCAAAAGCCUGUGAGGGGACGGGCUCUGGAAGCCGCUACCAGACUGUGGACUCCAGCAACAUUGAUGGGUUUGUGAACUGCACCAAGAUCCUGGGCAACCUGGACUUCCUUAUCACUGGCCUCAAUGGAGACCCCUGGCACAAGAUCCCUGCACUGGACCCAGAGAAACUCAAUGUUUUCAGGACGGUACGGGAGAUCACAGGGUACCUAAACAUCCAGUCCUGGCCUCCUCACAUGCACAACUUCAGUGUCUUUUCCAACCUGACAACCAUCGGAGGCAGAAGCCUCUACAACCGGGGCUUCUCCUUGUUGAUCAUGAAGAACCUGAACGUCACAUCACUGGGCCUCAGGUCCCUGAAGGAAAUUAGUGCUGGGCGUGUCUACAUAAGUGCCAAUCAGCAACUCUGCUACCACCACUCUCUGAACUGGACAAGACUGCUCAGGGGGCCUUCAGAAGACAGACUUGACAUCAAGUAUAAUCGGCCUCCAAGAGAAUGUGAGGCAGAGGGUAAAGUGUGUGAUCCACUGUGCUCCUCUGGGGGAUGUUGGGGCCCAGGCCCUGGCCAGUGCUUGUCUUGUCGAAACUACAGCCGGGAAGGUGUCUGUGUGACUCACUGCAACUUCCUGAAAGGGGAGCCUCGGGAGUUUGCUCAUGAGGGUGAAUGUUUCUCCUGCCACCCAGAAUGCCUACCCAUGGAGGGCACCAGCACAUGCAAUGGCUCGGGCUCUGAGGCUUGCACUCAAUGUACCCAUUUCCGUGAUGGGCCCCACUGUGUGAACAGCUGCCCCCAUGGUAUCCUAGGUGCCAAGGGCCCAAUCUACAAGUACCCAGAUGCUCAGAACGAAUGUCGGCCCUGCCACGAGAACUGCACGCAGGGGUGUAAGGGACCAGAACUACAAGACUGUUUAGGCCAAACAGAGGCGCUAAUGAGCAAAACCCAUCUGGCAAUGGCUGGGAUGGUCGGACUGCCCGUGGCUCUUCUGAUUCUGGCAGUCUUUUUUCUCUAUUGGCGUGGACGGAGGAUUCAGAAUAAAAGGGCAAUGAGGCGCUACUUGGAACGGGGUGAGAGCAUCGAGCCUCUGGACCCCAGCGAGAAGGCAAACAAAGUCUUGGCCAGAAUUUUCAAAGAGACAGAGCUGAGGAAGCUUAAAGUGCUGGGCUCUGGUGUCUUUGGAACUGUGCACAAGGGGGUUUGGAUCCCUGAGGGUGAAUCCAUUAAGAUUCCAGUCUGCAUUAAAGUCAUAGAAGACAAGAGUGGGCGGCAGAGUUUUCAAUCUGUGACUGACCAUAUGCUGGCCAUUGGUAGCCUAGACCACGCCCACAUUGUACGUCUCCUGGGACUAUGCCCAGGAUCAUCUCUGCAGCUUGUCACUCAAUACUUGCCUCUGGGCUCCCUCCUUGAUUAUGUGAGACAGCACCGCGGAUCACUGGGACCACAGCUGCUGCUCAACUGGGGAGUACAAAUUGCCAAGGGUAUGUAUUACCUCGAGGAACAUAGCAUGGUGCACCGGGACCUCGCUCUCCGGAAUGUGCUGCUCAAGUCACCUAGUCAGGUCCAAGUAGCAGAUUUUGGAGUGGCUGACCUUUUGCCACCAGAAGACAAGCAGUUACUACACAGUGAGGCCAAGACUCCAAUUAAGUGGAUGGCCCUUGAAUGUAUCCACUUUGGGAAAUACACACACCAGAGUGAUGUCUGGAGUUAUGGCGUUACAGUUUGGGAGUUGAUGACUUUCGGGGCUGAGCCCUAUGCUGGACUGAGACUGGCUGAGAUACCAGACCUGCUGGAGAAGGGAGAGCGGUUAGCACAGCCCCAGAUCUGCACCAUUGACGUCUACAUGGUCAUGGUCAAGUGUUGGAUGAUUGAUGAGAAUAUCCGCCCGACCUUUAAAGAACUAGCCAAUGAGUUCACCAGGAUGGCCCGUGACCCACCUCGGUAUCUGGUCAUAAAGAGGGAGAGUGGGCCUGGGAUGCCUCCGGGGGCAGAGCCCUCUGCCCUGACCAACAAAGAGCUGGGGGAAGUAGAGCUGGAGCCUGAGCUGGACCUGGACCUGGACCUGGAGGCCGAGGAGGACAGCCUGGCGACCACACUGGGUUCUGCCCUCAGCUUACCGCUGGGAACGCUCACCCGGCCGCGUGGGAGCCAGAGUCUUUUAAGCCCCUCCUCUGGAUACAUGCCCAUGAACCAGAGUAAUCUCGGGGAGGCUUGUCUGGAUUCUGCAGUUCUGGGGAGUAGUGAACAGUGUCCCCGUCCCAUCUCUCUGCAUCCAAUUCCUCGGGGACGUCUGGCCUCAGAGUCAUCGGAGGGUCAUGUGACAGGCUCUGAGGCUGAACUCCAAGAGAAAGUGUCAGUCUGUCGGAGCCGGAGCCGGAGCCCUCGGCCACGUGGAGACAGUGCCUACCAUUCACAGCGACACAGCCUGCUUACUCCUGUCACCCCGCUCUCCCCACCUGGGUUGGAGGAAGAGGAUGUCAAUGGCUAUGUCAUGCCAGAUACACACCUCAAAGGUACAUCCUCCUCCCGGGAAGGUACCCUUUCUUCUUCGGUAGGUCUCAGCUCUGUGCUGGGUACUGAAGAAGAAGACGAGGAUGAGGAGUAUGAAUACAUGAACCGGAAGAGAAGGAACAGUCCACCUCGGCCCCCUAGGCCUGGUUCCCUUGAAGAGCUGGGUUAUGAGUACAUGGAUGUGGCCUCAGACCUCAGUGCCUCUCUGGGCAGUACGCAGAGUUGCCCACUCCAUCCUGUGGCCAUUGUGCCCUCUGCUGGCACAACUCCAGAUGAGGAUUAUGAAUAUAUGAACCGCAGGCGUGGUGUAGGUGGUGGCGGGGGCGAUUAUGCAACCAUGGGGGCCUGCCCUGCAGCUGAACAAGGGUAUGAAGAAAUGCGAGCUUUCCAGGGGCCUGGACAUCAUGCCCCCCAUGUUCGUUAUGCCCGCCUCAAAACUCUGCGUAGUUUAGAAGCCACUGACUCUGCCUUUGACAACCCUGAUUACUGGCAUAGCAGGCUUUUUCCCAAGGCGAAUGCCCAGAGAACUUAACCUCUGCUCCUUGAGACUCUCAGGGAGCAUUUGUUGGCAGCUAGUGCCUCUUGAGGGUACCCCUUGUUCACCCCUUCCCUCAGGCCCACCCACAUUUCUCCAGUGCUAGACAUUGCCGUCCAGUCUUUGGAGACUUGUAAACAUAUCCUCACAGAAUUUUUGUGGUACGUACCCAGAUGUGCACUUUCUUCUCUUCCCUAACCCAGGAGAAGAGAAGGUUUUCCUGCUUGUCUACUUUCCCAGUGCCAUUCCUCGGCUUCCUCAGGGAGACUCCCUGGAGAUAUGAAGGAUUGCUCUUGAAGCCCUUUUCUCUCAGGCUCUCACUUGUUAGGAUUGGACUUUGCCUUUGUUUCCCUUCAGACUUUCCUAAGGAAGAGGAGAUGAAGUAGAGCUGGAGGAGGAAAGUAAAACGUUGGCUCACGAGACUCUUAAUCCCAUGGAGAGAUUGAGAAGCUUAAAAUGUGUGGAGUAAAGAAAGUUAGGCAUAGAUACCAGUAACUAUGAAUUGAACAUUUACUAUGACGCAGGCACCAUCAAGCUGAACUCUGCCUGCAUUAUCUCAAUUACAGUCUCUACAGUUUUGUGAGGUGGAGCUGAUUCCAUUUUACCAAUACAGGAGUCCUCCUGAGUGUUCCAAAAUAGCCAAUAUGUCUCUGAGUCUGUGGAUAGUACUGAAUCCUGUAGUUUUUGUUUGGUUUGGUUUUUGGUUUUUUCGAGACAGGGUUUCUCUGUGUUGUCCUGGCUGACCUGGAACUUGAUCUGUAGACCAUACUGGCCUUGAGUUCAGAGAUCCCCUCUGCCUCUACUUCCUGAAUGCUGGGACUAAAGGUUUGUGCCACCAUCACAUAGCCUAUAGUUCUUAAAAAAAGUACUUUAGUUGGUUUACAAAACUGAAUGUUAUAGCUUAGUGCCUCUUCCGUCUUACCUAAGGACUUAUAAUUCUUUACGGCCCUAAUUUUUUUACUUUGAAGUGCCACAGCAAAAGUAGUACUAAUUUGUCCAUCUUGAUAAUUUCAUGGAUUUGUUAUUAUAGCUCUUACCAUAUGCCUUUCCUCCAGUAUGAAGUCAAGAACUUUCACCUUUUCUCAAAAAAGAAAAAAGAAAAAAAAAACACUUCUCUUUGGCAUGUGAAUUGCCAGCAUCACUACUCUUGCAUUCUGGGCCCAUUUCUGGGUAAAAUAAGGGUAUUUGAACACAAGUACUGUGAUAUCACUGUUGGUCAGUCUAAUAACAGGCGGGUCAUGAAGUGACUAAGGUUAUUUGGUGUGGAUGCACUAGGCAGAGACCAUUUGUCUACCAGGUGGCGCAGAAAAGAAUAGUUGUAGUUUCAUCAUGCUAUUCAGAAUGGUGUGCAAUUAAAACUUUAGGGACUAUUUAUUUCAGGAACCUGUCAUUCAAUACUUUCAGAUUGUAGUUGAUCAUGGGUUAUUAAAACUGUGGACAGCAAAACCUCAGAAGAUAAUGGGGGACUGAGCCUUGAAGAAAUUAAGCACCAGGUCUAGAAUUCAAAAUCUUCACAAUUCCAAUGCCUGUACUUUUACUACAAAGUGCCAAGGAGUACCUGUGUCAAGCCCUUGUAAGGUAUGUGUGUGUGUGUGUGUGUGUGAGAGAGAGAGAGAGAGAGACAGACAGACAGACAGACAGACAGACAGACAGAAAGAAACAGGGUCUCACUCUGCAGACUGGCCUGGAACUGUGCAGCCCAGGAUGAUGGCCUUGAACUCAACUCACAGUAAUCCUGUCUCAGCCUCCCAAAGGCUGUGACUGCAAGUGUGAACUUCCUGGCAGACUCCUUGUUUGUGCACUCAAUCAAGCAGAUGCCAAGGGCCACAGUUCCCUCCAGCACGAAGGCUUCUUGUCUCAGGAAGGAGUGAAGACGACACAGAAGGACAAAUACCUGGGCAUUUUUGUGGAAGCCACAGCCCACAUAGUUGUGGAUGACAUACACUCCUUACAGCCAAUUCACGAAGGUUCCAAUGUUCAUAUUUUAGGAACUAUUCUUAACCAAUAAAGAGAAACUUCUUGUGGGAUAGAAAGAGGAUCCAUCUUCAGACCUCAGUUUUCCUGGAUGGGACCUGGGGAAAAAUGUCUUGUACCAUUAAAGUUUUUUGUUUUGUUUUUAUACAUGUCUGAAUAAAGAUGCCAAAGAUUCUUUGGAUUUUUGUCAACUGAA